AUGGCCGCGAUUAUGGACCCAAACCUCAAGCUUUACAGGAGUGUAUUACACCUUGAGCCCAAAGAUCGCCGCCAACGCAUACAACAUCUUCCGAGAAAGGAGUUGAUCAGAGUCAAGACUCUAGUUGAAAGGGAGCGAUGGACCCGACGUCUUGAGGAAGCGGUCGCAGGCCGGGAUCUUGUUGAGCUGGCUCUUACUAAUCCUCUGGAGAUUGAGAAGAACCCACCUCUCCAAAAGGCCCUACUUGGAUGA